GAGAGAGACGGAGAGGGAGUGUAGUACACACUCAAUCUCUGCAAAAGUGCGUCAGAGAGGAAAAGGAGGAAGACCCGUAAAAUUCAGAGAGCAAAUCGGAGGAAAUGGAAAAAAGGAUGGAGGCUGAGGAGGAAAAAUUUUGAUCAGAGACCAGGAUCUGGAAGCGGUACAAAAAGAUCACGAUCAUUCUUUGUGCUUUAAUCUUUUCACCAGUUUCUCCAGAUGCCACGUGGACACUGGAAGCUUAAAAGUCACUGAGAGUUAGUAGCCCAAGAUGUCCUUUGUCAUUUGAACAAAAUGAGCAGAAAAAAAUGUAUGUCUAACAUUUAAGGACUACUUUCUUCUGGUUCUGGAACAACAUUGACAAACAAUUGUGCCGUGUCUGUUUCUUCUGGUUUAAACAAACAUCAGAUUGCUUGUAUUGUGGACUGUUAUUGCGGACUAGUGCUCAUGUGACACGUUGUGCGCCUGCUGUUCAGCUGAGGGCAAGAUAAUACUAACUGAACUGGACAGGAUGCUGACUUUCUCAAAAACAUCCUACAGCCUGCGGCAGCGAGCUAGCUCUUGAUUUAAGACCUCUUCUGUUCCGUCUCAGAUGUCAGGACUGCAAAACAACACCAACUGUUAAAAGGAUGGUGCACAGAAGGUUGGGUUCAGCCUUGAGGACGGGGACAAAAACAACUGCUUUCCCUCUGAUGACUUGAAUGACCAACUCUCUCUACCUGAGAAUGGACUAAAAAUCUGGGGCAGCAUUCGAAUUUCAAACAAGAGUUAUGAGGCGGGAUGUUUGGAAUAAAUGUUGGCAACCUUAAGGAUAGCAACACCUAGCCAAGACGACAGCUUUGACUCAAACAGAGAGUGGUCCUCUACCCCGGUGAAACUCUGGCUGCUCUUAUCCCCAAGCAAAGCAUCCUGACGGCACAAUGCUGUGUGCUCAGGGUGUGGCCGCACCCCUAAUGCUGAGCUAUCUUCUGCUGCAGCUAGUCAGAGCCAAUCUACCUUCUGGCUGCCUGAUUGCAUCCGAUAUCCUGAGCUGCACCAACCUUGGCCUCGAUCAAGUCCCGGAAGAGUUGCCUGUAAUGGUCGCGACUCUGGACUUCAAUCAUAACCGCUUAGAACGUCUUGAGGAGGGUAGCUUCGCUGGUCUGCCCAAUCUCGACACCAUACGGUUAGCCCACAAUCAGCUGAGCAGACUCACUCCUGGAACCUUCCGGAAUACAAGCAACAUACGCCAUCUGGACCUUUCCUCCAAUCAACUGAACAUUAUAGAGGAACACUACUUUCAAGAGUUAGUAGGAAUCAAGGAGUUACUCCUUUACAACAACCACAUAGUGAGGGUAGAAAGCAAAGCCCUGAGUGGUUUGAGUAACCUGCAAAAAGCCUACUUAAGCCAUAACAGACUGACAGAUUUCCCCUUCUUUUCUAUUCAAGAACAUCCCAAUCUCACGACUCUGGAUCUAAGUUCGAACCGUAUGCCCAACCUUCCCGUCAAAGACAUCGAAGCUCUAAAGGAAAAGAUACAGAAUGGGUUGUUCCUGCACAACAAUAGCCUAAUUUGUGAGUGCUCCAUGUACAGCCUGUUUAAACAAUGGGAGUACAGGGGUUUUACCUCAGUGACAGAUUUUUGGGAGGAGCAUACUUGCUUGAUUUACGGUGAGCAACGUGCUAUGGUGCGUUUUCUCAAGCAUGUACGAUACUUUGCGAAUUGCAAAAUAAAACCUCCAGUAAAGAAAGUUAGCAUGGAGGCAUAUGCUGGGGAAUCAGUGAUGUUAGAUUGUAUAACAUCAUUAAAGGGAAAGCAUCUCAACUAUUCGUGGGUAUGCGACCGUUACGGAUACAUUGCUCCUCCUUUUAGUAACAAUACGCUGCGAAUGCAUUCAAAUGGUUCUUUGGAAAUCUUGGCCCUACAAAGAAACGACUCUGGGGUGUACUUGUGCAUGGUUCAAAACCAUCAAGAGUCAAGCAACGAUUCUCUUGAAGUUAAUGUUACCGUGAGGAUCCAUCAUCAAGAGGACGAAUCCUUUAACACUGGCUUUACGACCCUUCUGGGCUGCGUUGUCAGUCUGAUUUUGGUCCUUAUGUACCUCUUCUUGACACCCUGUCGCUGCUGGUGUCGCAAACAGCAUAUACCAGCAACACCGAAUCUUGCGAACGAAUGCAGUGCCCAGUCGUCUAUCCUGACACCCACGCCACCUGCCACCACGGAGGGCCCCGGCCGUAAGAUGUGUCAGUCCAGACCAGCGGUCACACAGCAGCCUCUUGCUCCUGACAUAAGGACCACUCAUGCAUUUCCACAAUAAUCUCUCCGGCUAAGAUGACAAACACACCUCGGGCCGUAACCUCCUUUUCACUGCAAGAAGCCAUACAACUUCACAGUCUCACAAUAAUAUUUCUUUGUACAAAACAGAAAUUCACCAGACUUUUCCUGAAAACACUGCCCACGCACUGUGUAUCAGUGAGGGAACGAAAACAAUGCUGAUAAUUCAAUGAAAGACAAUGAUGUUUACAACUUCUGGUUGGAAAAUCAUGUUUGUAAAUGCCACAUCAAUCUUUCCUUAUUUCCUGUGUAAAGCAAUAAUGAAUGAAAAUAAUGUAGACUAAAUUACAAAAUAUGAAUCCCUCCCUCUGCCUGGAAUGCUAAAAUGGUAUUCUGACUGUGAAUGUGAUAUGUAAUGAUGCAUUUUGGGAAUGAUAGGACAGCAUGGUACUGACUUGAGACUUGAAAUAAGGCGAGGUGGAAAAAAAAAAUGUCUUCAAUAAAGAAAAUCAAACCCGCAGUUUGUUUUUAUAAAUAUUUAAAUGCUUAAUGCAUUAAUGACUUUUGCAUUGAUAUGAAAGGCCAGACUCUGAUACCUGAAGACAAAUUAAAUAACAACAAAA